AUGGCUCAAGCGUUCCGGCGGAUGUCCAUUCUCGUUGGUACUGUGGUGGCCUGGCUUCACAAGUUAUUGGACUUUCAGGCACUUGAGGAGCUAUCCAUAUCCACUUGGAUACGUUUCGACCUCGACCAGGCCCUGGAGCCAUUCACGCACAGCGAACUUCAAUCCUUAGACAUAACUUACACACAUAUGGCGCACGCGCUUAAAUUGUCUGACCUGCUUAAUGCUCUUUCACUCCCUAAUCUGCACACGCUUGCUAUUUGGGGUGUGUCGGGAUGGCCUCAUGAGGCAUUCAAGAUGUUCCUCGCACGAUCAAAGUGUCCACUAGAGAGCCUUACUGUCUGUAGUAAAAUGACAGGUGAUCAACUGGGCUACGGUGGAUACUUUGUGCUACUGCUAUCAGCUUCACAAUCACUAGCAGUAAAAAAUUUCGAGGGCGUGCAGGGCACUGGAGUAAGUCCACUUAUUCUCAACGAUAAUGUACAAGCUGAACCACCGUACUUCGAUAGAGGGACCGAGAAUAUGUCAGCCUGCCAUGCUCGAGGAUGGCGGCCAGAUACAGGCACACGAGGAGCACUCUCGAGCGCCGGUAUCGCCGACGUUCAGUUCUUAGAGUAUGACAGUAGUGGAGCGGGGUCAAGAUACAAAUUACUUGCAGCUGGCAAAAAAAAAAUGAGACGCUCUAAAUAA